AUGGCUUCAUUAUUACACAGCUUCCUGGCCGGAGGCUUCCCCGCCCACUGUGAACCGACAUCGCCCUCAUUGACCGCCCUCUCUUCGCAUCUCCACAUCUGCAUCCCCACACCACUAGCGGCGAUCUCCUCCGUCCUCGGAACCCUGAGCAUAGUCUCAUGGCUUUUCGCCCAAUUACCGCAAAUAUACAAGAAUUAUCAGGUCCAAUCAACGUCCGGCCUGUCAAUAUUUUUCCUGGUAAUUUGGUGUCUAGGCGACGCAAGCAAUCUCGUGGGAGCCAUAUGCACUCGCCAGGCAGGAUGGCAGGUAUUCGUUGCCAGUUAUUACGUCUUGGUUGACAUCACCCUGGUAUUCCAGUUUUUCUGGUACACCCACUACAAGGCACGUCAGAAUGGUGGGUACGACAACUCGUCGCACAUGCACGACCCAGACCACAUUAUUCAAGGGGUACCGGUUCCCGAUCAAGACCACGCCCCUGCGCCCGUCAUGAACAUCAAACAAUCAGACGCAAAGGAUAUGGGUGUCCAGGCUGGAUCGGUCCGCAACUCGGCUGGAGGAAUGGCCUCAUACUCGAAUGAGAAAUUGGGUUCUUCGCGUCGCUCGACGCGGGUCGUCAACAGCGCGAACAGCCCGCCCUUUGCAAUGCCACGAACAAUGCUGAUGGCCUCACUGCUCUUUGCCGUUCUUGUUAACGCUGCGCCGACGGAGAAGCCUCAUCCGCCUAUCUCCGACACACCCAAUGAGGCUAUUGUCGAGAUUGUCGGCCGUGUCUUCUCAUGGAUGUCGACAAUCCUCUAUCUUGGCUCGCGUCCUCCUCAGCUUUACAAGAACUACCAGCGCAAGAGCACAGAAGGUCUCUCGCCCCUGCUUUUCAUGGCUGCCUUCUGCGGCAACCUCUUCUAUUCCACCUCGCUACUCACCAAUCCCAACGCAUGGUCUGACUUCGCCCCCUACGGCGGCGGCGGCUGGUCCGAUAGUCACGGCAAUGACCGCCUGGAAUGGAUCGGACGCGCAACGCCUUUCUUUCUAGGUGCAUUUGGUGUCUUGGGACUCGAUGGUUUUAUGGGCAUUCAGUUCCUCAUGUACGGUGAUGGGCCACAGCGCGAGGAUGACGAAAGUUUCGUCAGUUCCAGUACCGGAAAUGACCGCAAGCCUGGUCGUGGCCGUCGCUGGAGACGCGUUCAUGGCUGGAUGCGUGGGUGGAUCCCAUCCUCUCCUCCUCGCGAACAGUCCUCGGCUCAAGAGGGUCAGGCUUUGCUGGCCGGGGAGCGUGGUCGGUAUGGAACGGUUUAA